ACUAGCCACCGCUAGCCUGACUCUUGUGGCGGCCAGACUGCCGCACACUGCCGUCGUGCAAGUCGUGUAUAGUCGCUCGAACUCCGCUCGAACUCCGCUUGAUCGAUAGGGAUAAGUUCAUGGGGCAUGCGAAUUUUGCCGGCAGGAAACAUGUUAUAAACAAUGAACCUCGAGGUGCUCGAGAUCUCUGCGGUGGAGGUGCAGGAGAUGUGAAGAAUUGACGAUCAGAUAGGCUCGGACCGCUUCAGGUAAAGCUUCAGUCUUGGAGCGGGCGAGACAUGGGGGCAAAUGUGAACCAUUGGUCAUCCGGACACUUGGCCAAGAGACGCCUAAUUUCCGACUCUCCUGAUAUAAAUUCAAGCGCAAACUCAUCGAACAGCUGCGUAGUCCUGCUGUACCACCAUGCUGCUUUCAAAACGCAAGGCUUUUAGACAAAGAUCUUCAACCGGAUGUCGCACCUGCCGGUUGCGUCGCAUCAAAUGCGACGAAGCGCCUGAUGCCUGUCGAAACUGCACCUCUACCGGUCGCACCUGUGAAGGAUAUGAGGCACACCGGCUUCCCCGAGCGUGCGGCCCUCAAGUCAAACGAUCCAAACGGAGUGUGAUUGUCCCACACCCAGUGCUCACCCAGGUAGCAUCUAGACUGCAGUGGGCCGUGACCCCGGACGAGGGUCGAUGUUUCUCUUUCUUCCAGCAUCAAUCCGUGCAGGACAUGACUGGGUUCUAUGAUUCGUCGCUCUGGCAGCGUCUUAUCCUCCGGUUGAGUUACACUGAACCGGCUGUAUAUCAUGCUGCGAUCGCGCUUGGGGCUAUCAACAAUGCUCAAGACAAGAACAAGGUUCUGCGACCCGGACAGAAGCUGCAUAGCAUCUGGUACUGGUAUGGACUGGAACAGGCUGGACGCUCGAUUGCCCUACUCAACAAGCGGCAUUCCUCGCAGGAUCCUCAAUUUCAGGAGGUGGUCUUGGUCUGUUGUCUUUUGUUCAUUGCCUGCGAGAUGCUCUGCGGUAAUUAUGAUAACGCGGUUGCACAUGUUAUAGGCGGUCUGAAAGUUCUCCAGCAGCUGAACAUACGAAAGCAAAUCUCGGGCGACUUUAUUUCACCCGUGGAUCCAUGCAUAGUAGAAACCUUUUUGCAACUCCAGGCGCAAUCCGUCUUUUACGGGACUGGUGUACACCUGGAUGUUGAUAGCGAGCUGAUAUUUGGGAUGCCGUAUGAGGAAUACUUGGGAACCUUUCAGCGAUUACAAGAUGCAAGACGAAUUUGCGACCCAGUGUUCAAUGCCGGAUGGCCUUUCGCGGCGAGAUGCUGGAAACUGUCAGAAGACGAGAUUUUGGCUGAAUAUUCAACGUUACAGCAGAAACAACUGUGCCUUCUGUCGUCCAUCAACCGAUAUUUGUGUCAAUUAGACUGGUUGUCGUCCCAGUCAUACGACCGGAUGAGCGAGAAAGUACAGCGCGAGACAGACAUGACCAGACUAAACAGCUUUGCCUUCAGAUUUGCGCUGAAGACCUGUCUUCUGAGCCGAAGCUCACAGCUGCCCCCGGAGCUUACCAAGGAAAGCGAAGAUUUGGUUUCUUUAGCCGAAUUUACGAUCAAGAAGCUUCGAAACCACCCAAUCAUCACUCUGGAUAGUCCUAUCGUUCCAGCACUGUACAAUGCAGCAACAAGAACCUCCAGCUUUUCUGUCCGAGCGAAGGCAAUAGUUCUUCUGCGAUUGUGGCAGCAUGUAGAGGGGUUCGCAAACUCGGCGGUGGUUGCGGACAUCCUGGAGGAAGGACUCAAGAUUGCUCUGAAAAAAUUGAGUCUCGAAAUGAAUGCAACAGGUUGUUCAUUACCCGCCGGGGUUAUGUUCGUUCCUGCUACAGAGGGGCGGACAUUUGUACGCAUAGCGUACAGAAUAGAUAACGCCGAGCAAGAAAUGUGGCUGAGUCUUGAGAAGACUGCGUCCCUUUAUGAUGCUCUACCGUUCAUACAAUCAGCCAGUCAAUGGUCAUGUUUGCGGUCUCUCGGAAUUGUCAAGUGUAUUAAAGCGUGAGAGCGACU